GCCUCGGUGUGUGCGCCCGCUGGCCCUCCGCUCCGUCCUGCAGCUACCCACUGCCUUCUCGCCGCCCACUAUGGCCCUGCUGCACACCGGCCGCGUCCUGUCCGGGGUCGCCGCCGCUUUCCACCCGGGCCUCGCUGCCGCGGCUUCUGCCAGAGCCAGCUCCUGGUGGACCCAUGUGGAGAUGGGGCCCCCAGAUCCCAUCCUGGGAGUCACAGAAGCCUUUAAGAGAGACACCAACAGCAAAAAGAUGAAUCUGGGAGUUGGUGCCUACCGGGACGAUAAUGGAAAGCCUUACGUGCUUCCUAGUGUCCGGAAGGCAGAGGCCCAGAUUGCUGCAAAAAAUUUGGACAAAGAAUACCUGCCCAUUGCAGGACUUGCUGAAUUUUGUAAGGCAUCUGCAGAACUAGCCUUGGGUGAGAACAAUGAAGUGUUGAAAAGUAGCCGGUAUGUCACCGUGCAGACCAUUUCUGGAACCGGGGCCUUGAGGAUUGGAGCCAGUUUUCUGCAAAGAUUUUUUAAGUUCAGCCGAAAUGUUUAUCUGCCCAAACCAUCCUGGGGAAAUCACACACCCAUCUUCAGGGACGCUGGCAUGCAGCUACACGGUUAUCGAUACUAUGACCCCAAGACAUGUGGCUUUGACUUCACAGGCGCUAUAGAGGACAUUUCGAAAAUGCCACAGCAAAGUGUUCUUCUCCUGCAUGCCUGUGCCCACAAUCCCACGGGAGUGGACCCUCGCCCUGAGCAGUGGAAGGAAAUAGCAACAGUGGUAAAGAAAAACAACCUCUUUGCAUUCUUUGACAUGGCCUACCAAGGCUUUGCCAGCGGUGAUGGUAACAAGGAUGCCUGGGCUGUACGUCACUUCAUCGAACAGGGCAUUAAUGUUUGUCUCUGCCAAUCCUAUGCCAAGAACAUGGGCUUGUACGGUGAGCGUGUGGGAGCCUUCACUGUGGUCUGCAAAGAUGCUGAUGAAGCCAAAAGGGUGGAGUCACAGUUGAAGAUCUUGAUCCGUCCCAUGUAUUCCAACCCUCCAAUCAACGGGGCCCGGAUUGCCUCGACCAUCCUAACCAGCCCUGACCUUCGAAAACAAUGGUUGCAGGAAGUGAAAGGCAUGGCUGACCGCAUCAUUAGCAUGAGGACUCAGCUGGUCUCCAACCUCAAGAAGGAGGGCUCCUCCCACAACUGGCAGCACAUCACUGACCAGAUUGGCAUGUUUUGUUUCACAGGACUGAAGCCUGAACAGGUGGAGAGGCUGACCAAGGAAUUCUCCAUCUACAUGACAAAGGAUGGCCGCAUCUCUGUGGCAGGAGUCACCUCAGGCAACGUGGGCUACCUUGCCCACGCCAUUCACCAGGUCACCAAGUAAUUUCCCUGCUGAGAAAGAGCAAACAGCCUUCCUGUCUACAGCCUCUGCUGUUGUGAGAUUCACACAGAGGAAGGAGGAGGGCGGGUGGCGGUGAGCAGGUCAUUUCUUUUCAGCGACAGUACUUAACACUCAACCAUUGUGUUUCUCGGAGAAGAACAUGUAGUGAAAUAGGGCAGAGGCAUCUGUGGCUGGUGUCUGAAACUUUGUGGCUCAAAACCAAACUCCUGCUCAUGCUUUAACUCCAGCUGUUCCAAGAGUUUACAUGUACAAGAAAGCCCAAAAAAACCUGUCGAUCAUGCCAUUGCAAUGUUUCUGAAGCUUUAACUGGAGCACCAUAUGGUGUUGGGGCACCUCUGCAGAUCCAGCACGAGAGUAGCACCUACAAGAGGUGUUGUGGGAAGACCUCAUUCUAACAUUAGCAGUCAGUCCCGUGUCCUCCCGUGAUUGAGCAAGCUUAUCAACAGACCUUGUUCCAGAAAUCAUGUUUCAUGAAAACCAGCAAGUCUGCUGCCAUUGCAGCGAGGAAAACAAAAGAUACUGUUUCCUGUCUUAUUUAAGGGGGGGGG